GAUUCUAGUGAGCCCGAUAUUGCCAGAAAUUCAAUAAACCCUGGUGAAAGACGGAAGACGGCUCCGGCGAAAUCGUCAAGGAUUAAGAACCGGAAUCGUAAAAAGUAUUAACCAGCCCGCUGGCACCGCGCAGAGCCCGAAAAGAGUCGAGUGCCCCGAGGCCGUGUGUCAUUUUCCAUUCCGGAUUGCAGCAUUGGUACGUGCAACCCGUGCACACACACGCACCUCCGACACACACAUACUAGGUGCGUUGUGCGGAGUAUUUAAUUAUAAUUUCGAGUGUGCAGAGUGUGUGUAAAGUGCAAUAGCCUGGCGAAAGCAGGAGCCAGAGACUGGCAGUGUGAAGUGCAGUGCGGGGCGAAUCCUCCUCCAUCCAACCUGGGCUGGGCCGCUGGCUACAAGGCAUAAGGACUCGGCAUAAGGACUCCACACAGCCACAUAGGCUCGGAUAGGGACACCGAUAAGGCGAGCAAGGAGUGCCAGGAGACUCGGCAGGAAUAGGAGUUGCCACCGCAGUCGCAGUCGCAGUCGUCUCCGUAAGAAUGCAUGGACUGAAGGCUCCUGCAGCCACCUGCAGCAGCGCCACAUAACCCAUCACGUUCACGAUCACGAUCACCACAUCCACAUCAUCAUCAUCAUCCAGAUCCAAUCUCGAAAGUCCAACUCCAAGACUCCAAACACUGACUCUUGCCUCCAGGAGCAGCAGCUGAACCAACUGGAGGACCAGGUAUCCCCCCCAGGCGGAGGAGCAGCCAGUCUGGAAUGUUGGAACACCCCCAGCGGUUCGUGCGCAACAUCCCCGACUCCUCAGCCAGCAGCAGCAGCAGCAGCUCGCAACAGUAUCCGCCACAGCUGCCGCAGCACCAGAACCUGAAUCUCAACCAGAAUCAGAUCUACCAGUACCGCCCUCAGGUACCAGUACCCGUACCAGGCUCUCCUGCCCACCAUCAGCGGCACUCGUCGCUCUCCAAGCAGCAGCAGCAGCAGCAGCAACAGCAGCAGCAGCUACAUCACCGCACCCUGUCCACCGCCUCCUCGUGCAGUGCCCAGCACAAAAGUGUGACCUUCGGCCAACCAGCGCUCGACUGCGGCAACGGCAGCGGAGGCGCCAACGGAAGCGGGUGCUACAGCAACACUGGAACCCAACCAAUGGCGGGAAACAUGAAGCACGGCAAAUCUCAGGAAGACGUCUGCUACGUGGUAGCCAAGUAUGACUAUGCGGCGCAAGGGGCCCAGGAGCUGGAUCUGCGCAAGAACGAGCGCUACCUGCUGCUGGACGACUCGAAGCAUUGGUGGCGCGUCCAGAACAGCCGCAACCAGUCCGGCUAUGUGCCCAGCAACUACGUUAAGAAGGAGAAGCCCUCGCUCUUCGACAGCAUCAAGAAGAAGGUGAAAAAGGGCUCCGGAUCGAAGACGCUACCCAACUGCUCGCCCUCGCGCCAGAUCGAAAGCCCGACCAUGUCCCGACGACUGCCCCCCGAUCCCGCCGAGGCCAUCGGCUCGGCGAUCGUCAAGUACAACUACCAGGCACAGCAGCCGGACGAGCUAUCGCUGACCAAGGGCACCCGGAUCCUCAUCCUGGAGAAGUCCAACGACGGAUGGUGGCGCGGCCAGAGCGGCAACUCCGUCGGCUGGUUCCCCAGCAACUACACAACGGAAGAUUGUGAUAACGAUGGAGAGAUCCACACCUAUGCCAUGGCGGAGAAUGUGCUCGACAUUGUGGUUGCUCUCUACAGCUUCACGUCAAACAACGACCAGGAGCUCUCGUUCGAGAAGGGCGAUCGCCUGGAGAUCGUGGAUCGGCCAGCCUCCGAUCCAGACUGGUACAAAGCUCGCAACAACCAGGGCCAAGUCGGUUUAGUUCCACGCAACUAUCUCCAAGAGCUCAACGACUACCUGACCACGCCGUAUCGCAACACGAGUGCCGCUGGCAACGGGAAUGGCGGUAGCAACGGAGGAGCCGGCGGCGGUGGUGGCGGCACCGACUCCAUGGAGCGCCGCAACGAUGGCAACAAGUCUGCGUCGCAGCCCUCUGGCCAGCCGAUCGAGCGUCCCAACUUGGCGGGCAAGUCGUGGUACUACGGAGCCAUAACCCGCAGCCAGUGCGACACGGUGCUCAACGGCCAUGGCCACGACGGUGACUUCCUCAUCAGAGACAGUGAGACUAACAUGGGCGAUUACUCGGUUUCGUUAAAGGCACCGGGACGCAACAAGCACUUCCGCGUGCACGUGGAGCAGAACAUGUACUGCAUCGGACAGCGCAAGUUCCACUCCCUGGACCAGCUGGUCGACCACUACCAAAGAGCGCCCAUCUACACGAACAAGCAGGGCGAGAAGCUGUAUCUGGUGCGGUCCCUGCCGAAGGCCAAUGGCACGUAAAGUGUGUUGCCGAAGCGUCCGGAAUCGGAAUCUGAAUUUGAAUCUCAGCAUCCAAAACCCAUAUUACCCGUAUUCAGCAAACAUCCACAUAUGCAACACAAAGAUAUACCACAAGGCUAAUUGUAGGCAGCUCAGCUCGGCGCGAAGUGUAGUUUAUUGUAGUUCAGUUCGAUUCGAUUCGAUUAUGAUUCGUUUUGGAUUCAAAAUUGAGUUCGGAUGAGAGCAGCGUGUGUAUAUAGAUCGGUUGGUCGGUGAACGACACAACCCGUAUAUAGGGCCCACGAGAAAGAGAAAGAGUUUUUGUACUUUUAUAUACUUGAAUUAACUAAAUUAGCGCAUUGGCUAUGUUGGCAAGAGAGGAUAACUAACGAAAUAAUCACAUUCGAUUCGAGCAAUUCUAGGUGUCAAGAUGCAAUACAUUACAUAUUACAUACCAUACAUGUGCACAUAUUAUACUAUACUCUAACGCAAGUCGUAGCUGACUAAUGUACACAGAUCGCUUCCUGAAGGGAGAUCGCUUUUAGCCAGAAUACUGGGCAUGUAACGUGUAACACGAGAUAUGAUACGAUAUACAUAUUAUGUCUAUUAUCCGUACUGUACGUACUAUCGUAGCCAAUCCGCAGAUUUCCACUUCGUGUCUGUACAUACAUAGUGGUCGUCCUGGACCUGGUUCCGGUUCCAGGAGGCCAACACACCUAACCCAAACACACAGCCAGAGUGAGGAUCGCUCCUACAGUCAUUUCGUUAUUCGUAACAACCAUUAAUUAUCGACUACGAUAUAACCAGCAUACACUCGAUAUUUACGGGCGACGUUUUUCCGCUAAAAUAUUUAAAAGAAAAAGAAAAAAAUAAUCUAAUCGUUUACUGGCCGAGAAGGAGGACGGCAUUCAAGCAUAGGCCAUACUGUACAGUGAUGCGAUGCUAACCUAGGCACUCUUUCUUCUCCAGGCAUAGGUCGCGUACUAUUAUUUACGAUUACGAUGAUUACGAUUAGUAGACCGCAGCGAUUCCAGCUUUAAAUUCUGUUUAAUAAUUAUUAUAUGCUAUUAUUUUGUUUUCCUUUGUUUUAGAGUUCAUUUUAACCGCCCUACGUUUACGAUUAUUGUUUUGUUUUUAACUCGAUAAUUUAGCUAUUUUAGAAGAUAUUUUAGGAGAGUAAUUAGCGAAAGGACGGGAGAAAGAGUGGCUGCCAGUGAAAUGACUUUCGACUUUUCUUUCAUACGCGAAUUUUUAAAUUAUAAAAUCUACAUUAUACGAGUACGUAAAAUAAACUUAAAUAAUUUAUAGUAAUUUAAACGAUUGCUAAACCAACUAGUACUAAAGACGAAGAGAACAAACUAGAAAUUAUACCGAAACGGACAUGAAUAAAAUACAUUCAGAAAAUUAAA